AUGGCCAUUCUGGUCGGCAUCACAUCUGCCAUGCAUAUGUAUGCCGCUCCGACCUUCCCAAAUCAGAUCUACACGCAGGCCUACUGGUUUGCAGUCAUUGCGGCAGUCCUCUAUUUUGCCCUGGCUGGGAUACUCAUGAUAAAUUUGCUGGGUUACCUACUGGGGCACUAUCCGCAGACUUUCGUCCUCACAGAUAGCCAACGGACCCUGAUCCUGCAGACCACCAUGUUGGGCAUCUGGCUAGCCGCCGGAGCGGCCAUCUUCCAGAAGCUCAUCAGCCUCACCUUUGCUGAUGCACUGUACUUUUCUAAUGUCAAGAUCCUCACCCUUGGCUUCGGCGAUAUCACCGCCGUCGACCCAGUGGCUCGAGGAUUAUCUUCCCGUACGCUGUGA